AUGUCUCCUCGAUUCCCUCCUACGCCUGCCAUGUCCGGUGAAUUCAUCAUCAAGGACCAGCCGGAUGCCUCUGAUGCAUUCGCUCUACCUCCUGCGGCUCUGAGUCCGGCCAACAUCGAUCCGGCCAGCCGCCGAUCCUCGCGAUCUGACCCUUCCUAUGUGCCUGCGUCACCUACUUCCCCCGAACUGGCUGCCCGAGGCCGUGCUGCUCCCUCGCCCCGAGCGGGAACCGGUACCAAGCGUUCACUCGACGAGUUCGAACUACCACCGCCUCCAACACGCACGCGGAAGAUCAUCCAAAUGAAACCAAAGUCUCCUGCAGUGUCAAAGUCCCCCGCCAAGCCCAAGGAGAAUGGAAAGGCCUCUGCCCAAACAUCACCGGAAGGGGCCAAUUCUUCAACUACCAAGAAGAAGCCCAGCGCCACGAGUGCUGCGGGGCGCAAGAUCGCUCGCAAAACGGCUCACAGUUUGAUUGAGCGGCGACGCCGAUCCAAAAUGAACGAGGAGUUUGGGACAUUGAAGGAUAUGAUUCCCGCAUGCCAGGGCCAAGAGAUGCAUAAGCUGGCUAUUCUUCAGGCAAGCAUCGACUACGUCAACUACCUGGAGCAAUGUAUCCAAGACCUCAAGACGGCGGGCACAGCCAACAGGGCCGCCCCGCCAUCACCUACAUACCCGGAGUUCAUUGCCGAAACUGGAAUGGACUCUAUCCAGCAACCUCCUCGACGUCCUCCAUCGUCAGCCUACUCUUAUUCUGAAUCUGCAUCCGCAUCUCCCGAAUACAUGCCCCCAAGUGCCCAGAUGUCGGAUACCUCUCCGUCUUUCUCUCCUCGCACUCGAGUCCCCUCGGCACCCACCCUUCCCGAUGCCCCGUCCGUUCUUCCCAGCCCGGCUCUGGGGCCCUCGUAUCCGUCAAUGGACAAGCUCCCAGAGUUCCAAGGCAUGGAUCACGAGGCAUCGGCUGCUUUGCUCAUGUUGACCCAGGAUCGCCGGGGCACUGCAGACUCGAUCACUGAGCAUUUGUCAGGUAGUACUAUGCUCACGGAUUCCUCUUCGGGGAGCAGAAGUGGCUCCGACAGUCAGCGGAGAAAGGGAAUGAGUGUUCGGGAUCUUCUUAUUUCAUGA